AUGGCGGAAGAAACCCACCUCUCAACCCCACCACCGCCAUACAACAUCAUCAUCCUCGGCGCAUCAGGUUUUACAAGCAAAUACGUCCUCAAAGAAUCCCUCAAAUUCCUCAACUCUUCUUCACCUUCUUCUCCUCUCAAAUCCCUCGCAAUCGCAGGUCGAAACCCCACAAAACUCGCUCAAUCUCUUUCAUGGGAAUCCCACCCAAACCCACCUCCCAACAUCACAAUCCUCACUGCAGAUACUUUAAACUUUGAUUCGCUCCUUCACAUUUCUUCCUUAACUAAACUCAUCCUCAAUUGUGUAGGACCCUUCCGCCUUCAUGGCGAUCUAGUGGUUCGAGCUUGCCUCGAGACUCGCACCGAUUACUUGGAAAUUUGUGGGGAGCUUGAGUUUAUGAAAAAAAUGGAGGUUCAAUAUCAUGAUCAGGCAUUUGAUAAGGGUUGUUUGGUGGUUUCUGCUUAUGGGUUUGAUUCGGUUCUAGCUGAAUUGGGGUUGUUGUUUAAUUCUCGUCAAUGGGUUUCGCCUUCGGCCCCAAAUACUAUUAAGGCUACUAACAUUCAAUCAUCGCACACAAUUAAAUUAUAG